AUGUUCCGGGGUCACAGGGCUGCCGGAGGUUGGGUACAUGUGUAUCGCAGCCGGUGUCCUCUGCUCGGCACCAUGCUGUCCCUGCGGCGGCUCCUGUGCUCCCUGCGCCUCAAGGCCGGGGGUGUUCCCUCGUGUCGUUCGGUCAGCACCGGCUGGUCUCCUGUCGGUGCGGCUUUCAAUGUGAAGCAGCAGCGGAGGUUGGAUGUGUUCGGCAAGAACACGGGCCUGUUUGGUGUUCCUGAGCUCCGCUCCCCAGAAGGAUUUCAGAUUGUUCAGAAUAAUGCCCUGAGGAAUACAGAGUCCCUAGUGGAGAAAGUGUGUACUACACCUCCCAGUGCAGAGACUGUGAAGAUCUUUGACCAGCUGAGCGAUGAGCUGUGUAAAGUUGCCGACUUGGCUGAUUUUGUGAAAGUCGCCCAUCCUGAUCCUUCAUUCAGAGACGCAGCUGAGGAAGCUUGCAGGAACAUAGGUACCAUGGUGGAGAAGUUAAACACAAAUGUGGAAUUGUGCGAAAGUCUGAGAAAACUUCUGGAAAACCGAUCUGUUAUGGAUUCUCUCGAUCCAGAAACCAGACGUGUGGCUGAAUUAUUUUUAAUUGAUUUUGAAAUCAGUGGAAUCCACAUGAAUGAGGAAAAGCGUCAGAAGGCCGUCAACUUGAAUAUGGUGAUUGCAGACCUAAGUAACAACUUCCUGAUGGGAUCCAGCCUGCCAAAUAGAAUAGAUAUCAGUGUUAUACCAGAACAUAUCCGCUCCCAUUUUUCCUGGGAUGGGAAAUACAUACAGAUCAAUGGAUUAAAUGCAGACUGUCCAAAUGACCUGGUUCGGGAAGCUGCUUAUAAGAUCUUCCUUUACCCCAACAGCAGGCAGAUGAAGUGCUUGGAUGAGUUGCUCAGUAGUAGGAAUGAGUUGGCUCAGCUUGUUGGAUAUCCAACAUUUGCACACAGAGCAUUGCUUGGGACCAUGGCAAAGACUCCAGAGACCGUGAUGCAGUUUCUUGAAAAGCUAUCCAGCAAACUACGAGAACGAACAUUGAAAGAUUUUAAAAUGAUGCUGGAAAUGAAAAUGAAGCUGAACCCCAUGAAUCCAGAAUUGAUGCCGUGGGAUCCUCCUUAUUAUUCUGGUGUUUUACGUGCAGAAAAGUAUAACAUAGAGCCCAGCUUGUACUCUCCAUUCUUCUCCCUUGGUGCCUGCAUGGAAGGAUUAAAUUCACUUUUCAACCAACUUCUUGGCAUUUCUCUGUAUUCUGAGCAGCCAGAGAAGGGCGAGGUGUGGUCAGAGGACGUCAGGAAGCUGGCUGUUGUACAUGAAAGUGAAGGCCUUUUGGGUUAUAUCUACUGUGACUUUUUUCAUCGUGCAGAAAAACCUCCUCAGGACUGUCACUUUACCAUACGUGGCGGGAGGCUGAAAGAAGAUGGAGAAUAUCAGCUACCUGUGGUAGUGCUAAUGUUAAAUUUCCCCCAGUCCACCAAGAGCUCACCAACGCUGCUGACCCCGGGUAUGAUGGAGAAUCUGUUCCAUGAAAUGGGUCAUGCCAUGCAUUCUAUGCUGGGGAGGACACGCUACCAACAUGUGACUGGCACCAGAUGUGCUACAGACUUUGCUGAGGUCCCUUCUAUUCUGAUGGAGUACUUUGCUAGUGAUUACAGGGUUGUAAACCAGUUUGCAAGACACUACCAGACAGGACAGCCUUUGUCUAAGCCUAUGGUGUCUCGUCUUUGCGAAUCCAAAAAAGUUGGCGCAGCUUCGGAUAUGCAGCUCCAGGUCUUUUACUCUAUGUUGGAUCAGAUGUAUCAUGGAAAACACCCUCUAAAAGGUUCAACAACAGACAUUUUAAGGGAAGCCCAGGAAUCAUCCUAUGGACUGCCGUAUAUACCCCAUACAGCCUGGCAACUGAGAUUUAGUCACCUAGCCGGUUACGGUGCCAAAUACUACUCCUACUUGAUGUCCCGAGCGGUUGCCUCCAUGGUGUGGAAACAGUGCUUUGUGAAAAAUCCAUUUGAUCGGGUGAUGGGAGAGCGCUAUCGCAAGGAGAUGCUGGCCCAUGGUGGAGGAAAGGAGCCUACCCUCAUGGUUGAAGGCAUGCUUCAGAAGUGUCCGUCAGUGGAUGACUUUGUGGAUGCACUUGUUUCCGAUCUGAAUCCAGACUUUGAGACGUUUAUUAUGGACUCGGAGUAGAAAACUGCAAAGAAUACAGAACACUGGAUACAAUGGAUAUAAUCCGUAAUAAUUAGCGCAGCUACGAGUGGCAGAGUCUGUAGAAUGGUAUAUAUACCAGUGUGGGGUCCAAUGCAGAUUUAAAGAUACAUUAACAGGGAAAUACAAUAAAAUACAGUCUUGGGGCCCUAUUAGACCACGCAAUGUUCAUUAGCCCGUAUAAUUAAUCAGCCGAUGAAUUAGCAAGCACUCAUUUGUCGACUGAUCAGUAUUAGGGCUCAUGCACACGAACGUAGUUUGGUUCCCCAUCCAAGACGCAUUAUUUUUUAUUUUUUUGCAGCUCUGAUGCGGACCUAUUCACUUCCGUUGCUCCGUUCCCUGGGGCUGCAAAAAAAAUAAAAUAGAACAUCUCCUAUUCUUAUCUGCAAAACGGACAAGAAUAGUCAUUUCUACGUAUUUUCUUCCCGUGUCCGUUCUGUUUUUUGUUUUUUUGCGGACCGUAUGCGGAACUAUUUAUUUCAAUGGGUCCGACAUGUGCAUUAAGUUUCCGUAGGUCCAUAUUUCCGUUCCGCAUUACGGACUAGGAUAGGACUGUUCUAUUAGGGGAGAGCUGUUUCUUUUUGCAAAAUACAGAAUUCGCAAAAAAUCAUCCGUAUUUUUUGCGGACCGCAAAAUACAUACGGUCAUGUGUAUGAGCCCUUAUGAGCAGCAUCCCAAGAUGGCGCGUUCGUGUGCAUGGGCACUUAUCCUUGUGUAAUUGGGCAUGUGCUGCCGUUAAUUAAUAGAACUGACUGAUGGAGGAACGAUGGCGGUAAAUUAAUAAAAUAAAAACUAAGUAAUUUCACAUUUUAUGACUUUGAAUUCCUACCUUUUAUACUUUUGCCUAGAAAAAUAGAAAAGCUACAAGAGAACGGAAUUUCAUCACGUUGAAUGGGCCGUGAAUAUUUCACUAGAUGCUAAAACCUGUAAGGGUGCCUUCUCACACGGCAAAUUUUGUUGCGGAAAUUUCUCUGAAACUGAAAAUUCUUUCUGAAAAGGGUUGUUUUGGCAGGAAGCACCUGGAUUUCUCCCAGGCUUAUACAGGUGUAUGGGAAAGAAUAUUUUCUGCAACAGAACCUGCUGCAUGUGCUGGCAGCCAAAUAAUGGGAAUUCUGUUUGGACCAUAGACUUAUCUAGAAACGGGAAGGGUUACCAGGUAUAUUGUUGGAUAUUAUUGUGUUGUACUGAUGUAAAAUUUUAUUUAUUUUUUAACAUUUAAAAAAAAAUUAACUAAAUAAAAAAUGUAAAAUAAAAAAA